UUGGCGACUUGGCAUUGUUGGCGCAGCUAGGUGCACACUAAAAGUCACUUUUACCAAAAUUUCAUGCAAAAAAAGAGCCUUCCAUUAUUCUGAACAAAGUUUGUCCUGUUUGUGAUGUUAAGAUGAGAACAAUUGCCACUAGACGCUUCUAACUCAAGGGACAACCCAAACUAGAUUUCAAUCAAGAAUUCCUUUCUUCAAAUUUGUUGUUCUUUGAUACAUUACCGAAAAGUUUGCACUUUAAAGCUGUGAAAGAAGCAUCCACCUUAUCAUUUGUUCAGUUCCAAGAUUGUGUUACCAUGAACCUGAUGUAAUGCUAAUGAGAAAAGUCAAUAAAUCAUCUCUUCUUUCGGAAAAAAUGUGGCAAUAAUAAAAAAAAGGUUCGCUUUUUAAAGACCCACAAUCCCAACUUCAACAUAUCUAGAUGGAAUCGAGAGCCAUGAAAUAAUAAAUUCCGCAAUACAUCUGCUUCGAAAUUUUUUUAUCGCGCUAUAAUUUUGAUUAUUUAGUAGUUUAUAUGUGUGAAUAUUGUUACUAAGAUAAAAAAAAAGUAAUUUUAUUUUUAUGACCCAUGUUAUACAAGAUUCUUCCAAAAAUUACAUUCAAAGUUUUUCUUUUUGAUUCGCCUAAUCAGUAAAAAAAAACUUCAUUUUUGCCAUAUAUGGACAAAGGUAUUUAAAUUAUAUUCGUCGUGAUAAUUUUACUGGCAAACUGGAAUUAAAGAGAUGCCUCAUGCUCAUGAUAUGCAGAAAGAAGUGUUUUAAAAACGGCAUUUUCUCAUUGACUACUUAGUGGAGAAACGAUAUGCUUGCAAAUUUUGUGAUAUUUUCUCAGCUUCCGAAUUUAAAGAAACGAUUACUGGUGCAUACUAAACAGAAACCACAUACGUGUGACAUUUGUAAUAAAGCAUUUUUUAUUUUCAACAGUCACAUUUAAAAGUUCAUUUAAUAUCGACUACGAAUGGGGAAUCCAAAGCUUGCAACUUUUGCAAUAAAGUCUUUUGUAUGAUUUCCAAUUUCAAAAGACAUUUACGGGCACAUAUACAAGAGGAAAUGUUUAAAUGCGAGUUUUGCACGAAGGCCUUUUUGCGUAACUGUAAUUUAAAAGCACAUUUACGUACUCAUACUGGGGAGAAACCGUAUGCAUGUGAAUUUUGUAACAAACUCUUUUCGGAUAAGAUGAGUUUAAAAAGACAUUUACGUACGCAUACGGGAGAGAAACCGUAUACAUGUGAAUUUUGUAAUAAAACCUUUUCGGAUAAGAGUAGUUGCAAAAGACAUUUACGUACGCAUACUGGAGAAAAAUCGUAUGCAUGUGAAUUUUGUACCGAACUCUUUUCAAGUAAGGAGAGUUUAAAAAAACAUUUACUUACGCAUCCUGGAGAGAAACCGUACGCAUGUGAAUUUUGUAAGAAACUUUUUUUAUUUAAUUACAAAUUAAAAAAACAUUUACGUACGCAUACGGGAGAGAAACCGUAUACAUGUGAAGUUUGUAACAAAAGCUUUUCGGAUAAGAGUAGUUGCAAAAGACAUUUACGUACGCAUACUGGAGAAAAACCGUAUUCAUGCGAAUUUUGUAACAAACUCUUUUCAAAUAAGGAGAGUUUAAAAAACCAUUUACUUACGCAUACUGGAGAGAAACCGUAUGCAUGUGAAUUUUGUAACAAACAUUUUUUAAUUAAGGAGAAUUUAAAAAAACAUUUACGUACGCAUACUGGAGAGAAACCGUAUGCAUGUGAAUUUUGUAACAAACUCUUUUCGGAUAAGAUGAAUUUAAAAAAACAUUUACGUACGCAUACGGGAGAGAAACCGUAUGAUUGUGAAUUUUGUAACAAACUCUUUUCGGAUAAGAUGAGUUUGAAAAGACAUUUACGUACGCAUACUGGAGAGAAACCGCACGCAUGUGAAUUUUGUAACAAACUCUUUUCACUUAAUUGGAGUUUAAAAACACAUUUACGUACGCAUACUGGAGAGAAACCGCACGUAUGUGCAUUUUGUAGCAAACGUUUUUCACAUAAGGGGAGAUUAAAAACACAUUUACAUACGCAUACUGGAGAAAAACCGUAUGCAUGCGAAUUUUGUAACAAACUCUUUUCGGAUAAGUGGAGUUUAAAAAGACAUUUACGUACGCAUACUGGAGAGAAACCGGACGCAUGAGACUUCUGCAAUAUAAGAUAUUCUCAUUCCAUUUCUUGAAAUAAACAUUUACCAGAGCAUAUCAUAGAGAAUGAAUGAAUUAUAUACCUCUGAUGUUCAAUAAAGCGUUUGUUUAUGGGAAAACUGCACCUCAUCUUAAAGAGAAAGACUUAUAAUAAUGAUUUUGUAGUAAGUUAAUGUUUCAUAAAACAAGGACCAAAAUCGUUUUAUUUUACUCAAAUAUGUUGAAAUUAUCUCUUCUAGAAUUUUAUUUUUUAUUGCAAAUCGUAUGAUGCAUAUUCAUUGUUAUUAUUCGGGUAAUUCUUUUUCUGAAAUGAAUAUUUCAACUUUGCAGGGCUAUUGAAGAUAACAAAACAACGUUUAAUCUUUUUUAUAACAAAUUAUAAAUAUAAGUGUAAAAUUAAAACCAUACCGUCAUAAAUGUUCAUUAGAAGCACCUCCCAAAAUUCGAACAAUAUCAAGACGAUACGAUAACUCACCUGAUACCCUUUCAGUUUCUCCUGUAUCGUGCUUUGAAAGCCUGUGGAUAUGCAUGUCUUAAAUUUAUCAGCACCAAUUGACAGAAGGGAAAUAACCACUUGCAGUUGGUUGUAGCCCCAUAUUUGCUUAUUAAUGCGAAUAUGUUUUAUACACAUGCAUCAAAAUGUUUCCAAUAUUUUUUUUAUUUUAUUGAAAAUUAUUGUAAAUUAAAUUAUUUCUUUUUUACUCUUGUAUGUGCUUAUAACCUGCAUGUGUUUUCUUAUGUGUCAUUUUGUACUUUCUUAAAGUUUUAAAGUUGUGAUUUAUUAUUAGAAAUAUAAAAUCUAAUAUGCAGAAUUAUGACUUAGUACGAACAUGUCACAUUUAUGGAAUUUAUAUAACAUUGUUUUCUGCUUCAAAUCUCCACUUUAUAUUAAAACAUUUUAUAUCGAAUUGUUCUUGUAUGCUUUUCCUGAAAUUUCGAAUAUAAAGUUUAAAAUUUAGAAUAUAAUGAUAUGUUUUGUGUUUAAUUGUGCAGGUGAUUUUUGAGCGUGUUAUUUACUAUAGAACUAUAGAAAGAUUCAAUUUAACGUUCUGUAAGAACAUUUCGGGAAAAUAAUGAAUAUUUGACUCGACAUAUUACCCCAUAAAUAUUAGAUAAAACUAUUAUAUAUAACGAUAAUUUUUUUUAUUAGCUGCCUAUUAAGUUUUUUUUAAAUCUUAUUUUGUAUACUAUUUAUUUCCAUUCUUAAUUAAUUACAAGUUUAUUUUUUAAGCUGAAUUCCCUGUACCUUUGUUUAUUCUUGGAUUUAUAAACUCCCUUUUUUCACGCAUGCAUCAUUGUGGAAAGUUUAUAUUGGAUUAACCUUGGUUUCACUCCUUCAUAUAUAGUGAAUUCAAAAUUUGUCUUAAUGUUUUGAAUUCCAUUGAAUUUGAAAAAAUAUUGAUAUACACUGAAGUCUCAAAUUAAUUUAUACAAAUAUAAAAUUGUGUAAGCUAACGAAAAUAGUCGUUAUGGUCAUAGUUAUCAUUCAGUUGUUCUGAUAAUAUCAAUCAAUGGAAUUAAUUUUGAGAAUUUGUUUCUGUUGUUUUCUCUUCAUCUGCAGCUAACGUUGAAUUAUAAUUAUUUCACUUCAAUUGCAUUCAAGGAAACAUGCCAUUCUGAGAGUAACUUUCUCAGUUUAGAGAAAACUCAUUGCUUUCUUUUCAUUAUAACCGACUACCAUUCGUUUAAAAUAAGUUUUCGGGCAAUAUAAAAUUCAAAAUAAGGACUGUAAAAAUUAAAAUUGAAAUCUGUUAUCGCAAAUUUCAAAUUAUAAUGUAAGAACAUUACUUUUUUAAAAUCGCAUGGUAUAUUUCCGACAGAAAAACAUGUUUUCACAUGACUCAUAUUUCGCAAUCACCAAACCUUUAAGAAAGUGAGGGUUUUUGACUAUCUAAAAAUCAAUCGAGUUCUAAAAUAUUUUUCUCGAGACCAGAAUUUUUUACGUGAAAUACCAGUUUAAAAUUGUUUCAAACAAUCGUAUGAUUAUCAAAUUACGAAAGCGUUGGUAUCGAUACCUUCCCUCUCUGUUUAGCAGUCAUUCUUAUUUUCUUCUCUGGGUUUCUUCAGGGACAAUUUCUUAUGACCCUGCACUUUAUUAGCCAGAACAGUCAAGUCACUUGGCGGGCAUUCGCACGAAGUUGUAACUUUUUAUUGGCGAUACGUCGCCAAGUACGACAAUCUUUAUCAUUUUCUAGUAAACCUAAAAGCGAAAAAGUGCUGUCUCAAAAGCGAUAUAUUGGCGAUUUUCCGCCCGGACAUUUUGAGGCUUGAAAAACCCGAAACCAAAACAACAUCAUUUUCUCACAUGUUAAUAAUUCAGAUUGAAGAAUUGAUUAGUUUAAAUUUUGAAUCUUCAGUUCUAUUCUAUUCAUUUUUUAGUGAAAAGUAACAGAUGAAAACGAAGAAGAAUAUUAUGUUACCAUUCAAAGGAUAGAAAUGUGAUAAGUCAUUUUCCUAAUUGUCUCAACCUGCUCACCGUUGUUUUCAACACAUACUAAAUGAUGAUUCACAGUUGUAUGUAAAGCCCGUUUAUAUAUUUGAUAUCACAUCCUGUAUUUGGCAAAUUAGAUUGCUGGUAUUGCUAAUUUUUCUAGUGGAUGAUAAUGCAAUUGGACUUGCCACUGCAUUAUUAGAAAUUUAUAUGCAUAUUGAACUUGUUAUAUUUUACUUUAUGCUGAAUGUAAAAUGUCAUAUUAAGGUCUUUUAACUUCAUUCUGGAAAUGUAAAUCAUUCGAUUUUUUAAUA